AGUUUGUAACUUGCCACGAUCGAGAAAUAAAGUGUUUCCGCUUAAACAAAAAUUUCAAUUCUUUUUAACAAGAACUGAUUUUUACUAAAGAAAAAUAAUUGAAAUAUUUUUAAACUUAAAACGGAUUUAUUUUUAAAUAUAUACAAAAUGCCGAAAAUAUUUUUAAUUUGCUUGCUUAGUGUCCUUUUGUGCGCAUCAGGUCAACGCAUUACUACAAUUCAUCUCGAUGGGGUACAAUAUUUUAUCAGCCGUAUGAACCCUUACUCUCCGGAAUUGAAUUAUUUCCUUGCUUAUCAGUAUUGUCGUUCAUUGGGUCUACAAUUAGCUUCAUUUGAGACUAAAGAAAAGGCUGAAUCAAUGACAACAUAUCUCAAGAAUGCUGGGUAUGGUAAUUAUGAUUUUUGGACAUCUGGUAAUCGUUUAGGAACGGGUAUGUUCCUCUGGAUGAGUACUGGCCUACCAUUUAAUGCCACAUUUGAUUUCUUCGAAAAUUCUGCUGAUGCUAUUCAAGCUGGACUUUUAGAUCCCACAGAUCAUAACAGUAAUACAUCACCUCAAAGAACAGCACGAGAUAGUAGUAGUGGAGCUGAAAAGGGCUGCGUAAUUUUAAAACAACCUUCACUAAAGUGGAUGCCAGAGGACUGUUCUACUGUUAAGGACUUCAUAUGUGAGCAGACUCGAUGCUAUUAUUACAACUAUGGUAGCAUUCCUGUUUCAUCAGCGCAGGGGUAAGGAGCACAGUAAUGAAUCCUGCUUUGACUAAACAGACUUAAAUACACCCUAAUUAAAAAUAAGCAGAUAAAAGAAAUGAAUUACAUUAAAAUAUAAAUAAAGAGUAAAAUUAUAUAUAUAAAAAUUUGAAAUAAAAUAAAUAUUAAGAAAUAUAAAAAUAUUUAAUUAAUUCUAAACUCAGUGCGAUCUGCAUUGCAGAGCAAUAUGAAAUAUAAAUAUUAGCCGUCCAAUAACUUCAACAACUCCUCGCCCAAUUGCACCAAUAUUGACCAGUCAAUCCUCAACCACGCCACUGCCUGCAUUAAUU